AUGUUGAAUAAAAGGCGAUCUAUUAGAUCGGAAGUUCAAUUCAACAAUGCCUUGAGAGAUACAAAUUUAGUAGCUCAUGAUUCAAAAACUGAUAAGAUAUCAACAUACAUGGUCAAUUCUUGGUCAAUUAUCGAAAAAAAUAGAAAAACAUCAACUAAAUCCAAACAACGUGAAGCUAAACCAAGCACAGUUACAAAACCUAUUACACGCUCAAACUCAGGAUUAACUACAGUUUACAGUUCAAUUACUAGUUCAAAACCGACGGUCAUAAGUCCUUUAUCAUAUUCCAAUAUUGAACAAUCUUCAUCUAUUGUACAAAAUAGAUCAACAGCUGGACCUUUAAAAUUACGGAAAUUACCUAAUGAUCAUAAUCGUAGAUCAAAAAGAAACAAACCAAUUCGAAAAUACGUGGAAUCAGAUGAAGAAGAAGAAGUUGAAGAAGAAAAUGAAAACAAAGAAAACAUUAACUCAAUCACAACAAAUACAACUAAGAAUAAAGAAUUCCAUAUAAAUUAUAAUGAUUCAAAUACUCCAAAAUAUUUAGGAAAAUUUAUAAAUAUUAAAAUUGAUAAUAAAUUAAGACGUCAAUGUAAAUAUUGUCCUAAAAGAUAUAAUGAUUUAAAGGGAUUCAAUCGUCAUUAUGAACGUAAUCAUUUAUAG